AUGGCUGCAAGCAAGACUUUGACUGCGCGCUGCCUUUGCCGCAGCGUCCACUUCACCAUCACCGUUGCAGCGCAAGAUCUGCCCCUCAAGGCUUACCUCUGCCACUGUAGCGUCUGCCGCUACACACACGGGUCUCUUUGUUCAUUUCAUUCCAUGCUGCCUGACGGUGUUGAGCCACAGUUUAUUGCGCCGUCAGGGCUUGACAAACUCACCGCGUACGCGCAUGCGCAGUCACAAUGUACCCGGUACUCCUGCAGCACCUGCGGCUGUAAGAUCGGGGACCGGGGGCAUGACGAGAGCAACUGGUAUAUGUCCAGCGCAAUCUUCGACUUUAGCAAUGACCCGAGUGUGUGGAUGUACACCCAGCAUUGCUUUAGUGACUCGCCUGAUGGAGGGCUCGCAGCGCUGGUCCCCUCUGUAGGCGGGCGUCAAAUGAAGGUUCAUAAAUCAGCCGCGUCCCAGACUCCGGCUCUGUCAAAUGCGGGCUCACAGCCCCUGGACGAUACUCUACUAGCCCAAUGUCACUGCGGCGGCGUGUCCUUCAACAUCUCACGGCCGCGACAGGAGUUUAUCGACAGUCCUGCCGGGAAGGGCUAUUUGUACCCGGCAGAUAAGACGAAAUGGCUAGCAUGCCUUGAUUUCUGUGAUGACUGCCGGCUGGUCAAUGGCACCAAUGUGAUCGGGUGGAUGUUCGUCCCUCUCGAUCAUAUAUCCCCUACUCCAGCGUCAGAUUUGUUGAUUGGGUCAUCCAAGAGCUAUCGGUCGAGCGAGGGUGUGCUUCGCACAUUCUGCGGUACUUGUGGUGCCACUGUUUUCUUCUCCUGCGACGAGCGGCAGCACCCGCCGGUGGUUGAUAUAGCCAUGGGCCUUUUGCGAGCCCGGGAGGGAACUAUGGCGGAGAGUUGGGCGAUGUGGAGAUACGGACGAGUUUCAUGGCCGGAGUCCGGAACUAGGUUCAACGCGGACUUUGCCCACGGCCUCAUGGAGGGAAUGAAAGAGUGGGGAAGGCAACGCGGACAUGCAGAGGAAUUCAAUGUGCCCCCGUAA